AUUAACCUACCUAAAUGUUGCUCAAACUAGUAUGCCUUUUGAUUCCUUUUCGUUCUUGUUGCUAGCCAGUAGGAUUAUAUCUUUCAGCUUGUCUGUCUGUCUCUCUCUCUCUCUCUCUCUCUCUCUCUCUCUCUCUCUCUCUCUCUCUGUGUAUAUAUAUACACAUCUAAGGGUUUGGUUUUAGAUCAUACCAUCUCUUCUCAAGCAACAUUUCCUCCCCACAAAAGGGACUCAACAAAAUGGGCAUCUCAAGAGAUGUUAAAAUCGAAUCCAAGCCAGAAAGAAGGCUAGGAGGAAACAGAGCUGCAUUCUUUGUAUACGCUAUGGAGGGACUAGAAAACAUGGCAUUCGUCUGUAUGAUUGCGAGCCUGAUGACUUAUUUCUCUGGGUACAUGAACUUCAGCCUAACCAAAUCUGCCACUACACUUACCAACUUCGUUGGUACUUCUUUCUUAGUGGCGCUGUUUGGAGGGUUCAUAUGUGAUACCUAUUGGACAAGAUUCAAGACUUGUGUCUUGUUUGGAUGCGCGGAAUUCUUGGGAUAUGCCCUCCUGACGGUUCAAGCACACUUCCACCAACUAAGACCAAUUCCUUGCAAAGACGUUUCAUCUGAUCAGUGUGAGGCUGCUGAUGGUAGCCAAUCUGCAAUACUUUUCACCGGUCUGUACCUUAUUGCAUUUGGUACUAGUGGCAUCAAAGCAGCUCUGCCAUCUUUAGGAGCUGACCAAUUCGACGAGAACGACCCCAAGGAGGCAAUUCAAUUGUCUAGUUUCUUCAACUGGUUCUUGCUUAGCCUCACCAUUGGAGCUAUAAUAGGAGUCACUGUUAUUGUAUGGUUAAGUGCUAACCUAGGCUGGGAUUUGGGGUUUGGUGUGUGUGCCAUAGCAGUCUUUUUCGCCAUUAUCUUUGUAGGCAUGGGCAAGUCCUUGUAUCGGAACAAUGUACCCAAGGGAAGCCCCCUCGCACGCAUUGCACAGGUAUUUGUGGCUGCAAUCCGGAACCGCGACCUUCCAAUUCCAGAGAGGGCUGAAGAAUUACAUGAAAUUCAUGACAAAGAAGCGGGGGUGAAACAAGAAAUUCUUCCGAGGACUGGCCAAUUCAGGUUCUUGGACCGGGCAGCAAUCGCAAACACUACUGACUGUGCAUCAACAUCAAUCAACCAUGGACCUUGGAGGCUAUGCACAGUGACACAAGUUGAAGAAACAAAGAUCUUGCUUCGCAUGCUUCCAGUUAUACUUAGCACAGUUUUCAUGAACACAUGCUUAGCUCAGCUCCAAACUUUUUCGGUCCAACAAAGCACCACCAUGGACACAAACGUCUUUGGCUUUAAAGUCCCUGGCCCCUCACUACCAGUAAUCCCCCUACUAUUCAUGUUUGUUAUGAUCCCAAUAUACGAACGCUUCUUUGUACCACUUGCUCGAAAGAUCACAGGGAUUCCAACUGGAAUUCGACACCUCCAGCGCGUUGGAGUCGGGCUAGUGCUCUCAGUCAUCUCCAUGGCAGUUUCUGGAGUUGUGGAAACAUGGCGCAAAUCGGUGGCUAUUGAACACAACAUGGUUGACUCUACUGAGCCCCUGCCAAUGAGUUUCUUAUGGCUUGGUUUCCAAUUCGCCAUUUUUGGAGCAGCUGAUAUGUUCACAUUAGUUGGACUGCUAGAAUUUUUCUAUGCAGAGAGCUCGGCCGGAAUGAAAUCGCUGGGCACAGCUAUCUCAUGGUGUUCAGUGGCAUUUGGCUACUUCUUGAGCUCUGUGGUGGUGCAGGUGGUAAACAAAGUUACUGGUGGAUGGCUGGCUAGCGACAAUUUAAAUAGAGACAAGUUGAACUACUUUUACUGGCUAUUAGCAGGCAUCAGCACAGUGAAUUUUGGAGUUUACUUGACGUGUGCAUCUUGGUAUAGAUAUAAGGACAGGGGGGCACUGAAUCAAAUAGAAAACGGUGGUGAAGACGAUGCCAAGGGAAAAGUUCAAAUGGUAGAAAUUUAGAAAUACCAAGUCUCAUUUAAUUCAAAAAACCAAAGAAAAUAAGCAUUAGUCAUAUUUGUGUGAGGAAUGAUGAUUUCUUUCUAAUGUUGUCUUGUGCAUGUUGCCUUUGCUGAUGUAAUUAGUCUUUAAUUUGCACUGUGAUUGUACCUGUGUUUUGCCAAUAAAAACACAAAAAUCAUUUUAAAAAAAUGAUGUUUUUUUGUUGA